CCCAUGCGUCACUUCCGGUAUUGCUGUUGGCGGGUAGACCGUUUGCUAGCUCUGCUGCAGAAGCUAUUGUAUUAUUAAGCAUAGCCCUUUGGAUGGACAAAGAACUCAAACACCACUGAACAUUGGGUUGCUUUUUAGUUCCACCUGCUGGAGCCAGGUCUGUUAUCAGCUUUAAACAGUGCCGGAAUCAGCAGUAGUUAAUUAACCCGACGAGAAGCUAAUUCAAGAUCGCUGAAGUUUUCAACGAAAAGAUGGCAACCAUAGCAGUAAAGAAGGGCAAUACAGAGGAAGAGGAGGAGCAGCCGCAGCAGCAGCCGUCCGCACUGCCUGAAACUCCAACGGCAACCACUGAAGCGAAGACGUCACCAGAGGAAGAAGAGGAGGAAGAAUAUGUGGUUGAGAAGGUUUUGGACCGAAGAGUGGUGAAGGGCAAAGUGGAAUUUCUGCUUAAAUGGAAAGGUUUCUCAAAUGAAGACAAUACAUGGGAGCCAGAGGACAAUUUGGACUGCCCAGACCUCAUUGCAGAAUUCAUGCGGAAGUACAAAGAGAAGGAGGAUAAAAAGAAGGAGGGCAAGAGAAAAGUCAGUGAUGGAGCGGGAGGACCGGAGGAGAAAGGGAGCAAGAGGAAGAAGGAGGAGGGCGAGAAGGUCAGAGGUUUUGGGAGAGGUCUACAGCCAGAAAGAAUUAUUGGCGCAACAGAUUCAAGUGGCGAGCUAAUGUUCCUGAUGAAAUGGAAGAACUCGGAUGAGGCUGACCUUGUCCCAGCCAAAGAAGCCAACGUCAUUUGCCCCCAGGUGGUCAUCUCGUUCUAUGAGGAGCGCCUUACCUGGCAUUCUUAUCCCACAGAGGAGGAGGAGAAGAAGGAGGAGGAGAAAAAAAACUAGAUAAGUGGAUUUGGGAGAGGGGGAGAAAGUGAGAAGGUGCAGGGUUUUAAUUACAAAUACAGUACAUAAACAUGUAGAGCUUAGUUUAUUGUAACAGACACUUUGGCAAGUGAUUCAAGUCUAGAGAGUGGGUGCCACACUUUUUGUUACGCUGGUGGGGUUUUUGGUUUAUUUUGGGGGCAGGGGGUUUUUUUUCCUGUGAUGUGAGAAUCCAAACUUCCAUUUAUCGAAAUAUUCUCUAACUUGUGAUGACAAAGAAUAUGUUUUAAAGUGUCAACCAUUA